AUGGGCAUUAACACCUUUGAAAAGAGUCUUAAAGUCUCUACUAACUUUGGGCAGCAGUGUGGUGGCAAGGGGGGCAGCAGCUGUCAGAGGAGGAGCUGGGCAGGAUGGAGGAAGCUGAAGGAACACUUGGGGCUAACAGAGACCUGCAAGCAGGCCAACAGGAUGAGCUCUGGGGAGAUGGAGGAGGACAUCUACCAGGAGGAGCUCAGGUUUAGCCUGGGCCACCUGGGCAAGGCCAGCAGCGGCCAUGUGCGCCAGACCCAGGUCAACAAGGCCACCAAGGCCUGGAUCAGGAAAGCUCUGCAGAAGGCCCUUCAGAAGCUGAGUGUCAUCCACAGCAGAAAAUCCAUAAUCCAGGGCCGCAGCUCAGGGAUGGCCUCGAGCACGGCCUUCACCCCCCUGCAGGGGUUGGAGAUGGUGAACCUGCAGGCAGCCAGGAAGAAAGUGGUUGAGGCCAACCAGAACUAUUUCUCCAGCCUGGCCAAGUUUGUCAAGGUGAAGGGGAACAAAAAUGGGAUCCCCAUUCCCCCAAUCCCACUGAGAUCCCCAAAUCCCACCCUGCGACCCCCAAAUUCCCAAGGAUUCCACCCCAAUGUCACUUUCCCGAACUUCUUAUAA